AUGAAAUUCGGUAAAACCUUUGAGUCCCAUUUGACGAUGGAAUGGCGGCAACAGUACAUGGACUAUGUGAAACUCAAAACGAUGAUACGGCAAGGGGUUGAAAAUGCUCCGAAUCCAAAAUCGACCAAACAAUACGAUAUCGAUGCCUAUUUUCGUGCUUUUGAGAGCAAUUUCUUUAUUGUCCUCAAGGAGGAGUUGGUGAAAGUGAACAAUUUCUAUGCGGAGAAGCUGGCCGAGGCGCGUCGUAAGCACGCUCAGCUUAAAAUAAAUCUGUUCGCCACGGUACGGGUGCCUGGACAACUAGCCGAUACCCGCAGUAGUCUGAUCUCUGCCUCGGUGGACGUUAAAAACAAGCGGAAUAAAACACGCAAACUUCGAUUUGCCUAUAGCGAGUUCUACCUGAGCCUCAUUCUGCUUCAGAACUAUCAGAAUCUAAAUUUAACGGGCUUUCGCAAGAUAUGCAAGAAAUAUAACAAAUAUUUGAAGUCCUCGGCAGGCACAUUGUGGUUCGAGCAGAAUGUUGUCGGUGCGCCCUUCACUGAUGACCGUCUCCUGCAACAACUGAUAAACGAAGUGGAGGAAUUGUAUAUAAAACACUUGGCGGAUGGCAAUCGAGCCAAGGCAAUGGCGAAAUUACGUGUCCCGCCUCUGGGUCAACCAACCCCGCCAGGCGUUGUCUUCUGUGCGGGCUUGGUACUUGGAUUAUUUAUUGUGGGCGCCCUUACAUGCAUCGCAUCGUACUUCUACUUUCGGGACAGUAUCCAGAGUCUCAUGUAUUUGUACCGUGGACAGUUUGUUUGGAUUCUCUUUUGUUUCUAUUUGACCAUCAAUGUGAAGGCUUUCCAGAAUGUUGGUGUCAAUCAUGUACUGAUCUUUGAGAUCGAGCCGCGUCAUCACUUGCAACCUCCCACCUUUCUCCGUAUAUCAAGCACUUUGGGCUAUAUAUGCACUUUAUCCAUAUUGGCUUUUAUUUACUACAAGGACUUCGAACUGCAGGAUCCGUACAUCUUUCCAUUGGUUCCGGUGGUAAUUAGCUUAGUAUUUCUCUUCAAUCCCAUUCGAAUUAUGAACUAUCCGGCACGCCGCUGGCUGAUUCGUGUCUUUGGACGCGUCGUAGCCGCCCCAUUCUACUAUGUGCGAUUCGUGGAUUUCUGGGUAGCCGACCAGAUGAACUCCCUAGUCCUAUGCAUAGUGGAUUACUACUACCUGAUGCGCUUCUAUUGGCGUUACUGGAAUCACUACGAAGAUAUCUUUUAUUUCGAGCCGGACUACGUAGUCCCUUUACUGCGUGGUUUUCCUGCCUGGCUCCGACUAGUUCAGUGCCUGCGUCGUUAUCACGAUAGCAGUUCCAAGUCCAUAAGCUAUCUGUUGAAUGCCCUUAAAUAUACCACGACAUUGAUGGUUGUCCUCUUCUCAACACUACAGAUGGAGUCAAGUGCAAAGUAUUCCUCUAUAUUUGAGAAUCCAUAUACUUGGCUGUAUUUGGCGAGCGCUCUUGUUUCAACGAUCUUUUGUACAGGUUGGGAUUUAUUGAGAGACUUCGGUUUAUUUAAAAUAUGGCGCUGGGAUAAUUUCUUACUACGUGAGAAGCUCGUCUAUCCUAAGUGUUUUUAUUACUUUGUCAUGUUUGAGAAUGUGACAAUACGUUGCUUUUGGGCGAUCGAGUUUUAUUUAGUUUACAACAAUUUCGUGCUGCCAUAUAAUUGCAAGACAUUGGCCAGUUUUUUAGAGGUCACACGUCGAUUUUUCUGGAACUUUCUCCGUUUGGAAAAUGAGCAUUUGUACAACUGUGGACGUUUCCGGGCCACCCGAGACAUUUUUAUUGCUCCGUUGAAUCCACGCCAGGAGCAAUUGCUGGAACGCAUGAUGGACGAGUCGACAUUGCAAGCAUCAAAGGGCAAUGAAAGUCUUAGUGAGGGUGAGGAUAACGUGCUGGAUAAAAAAUACUUUUAAGUCAAAAAUACAUUCAACUGAAAUGUCCAGCACAUUCUAUUUUAAAGUUAGCAAAUUAUUAAAACUAAAUAUGAAAUAAA